GGCGCCUGGACGGGGCUGCGGGAGCGGCCGUGCUGAGCCUCCUCCCUUGGGCCCGGACGGGACCCAGGUUUCUUCACUGCAACGCAGCUCCCGAGUGACGGAAUUUUGUGGGGGAAGCGGCGGCCACUACGCUCGCUUUUGGCACAGUAGCCCUUUGCGGGUGGGAGCUUCUCGCAGUCAGAGCUAAGGGAGAGGGAGUCCACCGGCAAGAGCCAGAGCUCGCCCUUGUACUCUCCGAAUGCAAACUUAGCAAAUUGAACAGCGGAAGUACUUCCUUGGUCGGACCCCUGCUCUUCUAGGGGUCUUCUAGAAACGUGGCGGCUAUCACAGGCCCCGUGGUAUAACUGGCAUUUGGAAAACGAGGGUGUUUUUCCAUCUGGAGUGGCCUGUCUCCUAUCCUCAACCCUCCGUGUGCUUCGACGCCUCUCUCAGAUGCCAUCUCCACCAAGAAAUUUUUCCAGAUCUGAAGAAUAAGAGGAGUUGAGUGGAGUGACCUAAGAAGACUGGCAACCUUUGCUAGAAGAUAUUUCUUCGUAGGCCGGAGGAGCAUUCCUUUAUGAACAGCCUUAAGAUUGGAAUAAUUGGUGGAACAGGCCUGGAUGAUCCAGAAAUUUUAGAAGGAAGAACUGAAAAAUAUGUGGAUACUCCAUUUGGCAAGCCAUCUGAUGCCUUAAUUUUGGGGAAGAUAAAAAAUGUUGAUUGCGUCCUCCUUGCAAGGCAUGGAAGGCAGCACACCAUCAUGCCUUCAAAGGUCAACUACCAGGCGAACAUCUGGGCUUUGAAGGAAGAGGGCUGUACACAUGUCAUAGUGACCACAGCUUGUGGCUCCUUGAGGGAGGAGAUUCAGCCUGGCGAUAUUGUCAUUAUUGAUCAGUUCAUUGACAGGACCACUAUGAGACCUCAGUCCUUCUAUGAUGGAAGUCAUUCUUGUGCCAGAGGAGUGUGCCAUAUUCCAAUGGCUGAGCCGUUUUGCCCCAAAACGAGAGAGGUUCUUAUAGAGACCGCUAAGAAGCUAGGACUCCGGUGCCACUCAAAGGGGACAAUGGUCACAAUCGAGGGACCUCGUUUUAGCUCCCGGGCAGAAAGCUUCAUGUUCCGCACCUGGGGGGCGGAUGUUAUCAACAUGACCACAGUUCCAGAGGUGGUUCUUGCUAAGGAGGCUGGAAUUUGUUACGCAAGUAUCGCCAUGGCGACAGAUUAUGACUGCUGGAAGGAGCACGAGGAAGCAGUUUCGGUGGACCGGGUCUUAAAGACCCUGAAAGAAAAUGCUAAUAAAGCCAAAAGCUUACUGCUCACUACCAUACCUCAGAUAGGGUCCACAGAAUGGUCAGAAACCCUCCAUAACCUGAAGAUGAUCAAGUUCCAGAUGAUCCUCAGUGAGGGAUACCAUCCUUUCAAUAUUCAAGAGUCACCCUUCUACAGAGGACUCCUAGACUUCCCAUCAGUGGGACAUGGCAGAGGUGAAAUCCUGCCCCUGUCUCCCUUAGACCUGGCUGGAUACUGCUUCCAACAACCCAUGCAACCACCCUGCCCUGACAGCUAGCAAGAGGCCAAGACCCACAGAACAAUCACCAUCACACCUCUGUCAGCAGGAAGCAGUUACAGAAGACUGACCUUCAUCCAGUUUCCCAAAGAAUUGGGUCAUGGAUUCUUGCCGGGUAAAAUGUUAGAGUAGGUAAUUAGGCAGACAUGAGUAAGGGAGGAGAGACCCCCUCCAACUAGGAAUGUCAGGUGAGCAUCAGAUGAUCAUCAGGUGGUUGUUAAACUCUCUCUCUAAAAUAAUAAUAGGUUGCAACUGGCAGCAGGGAAAGACAAUCUCCCAAUAGAUAGAAAAGUCCUGAAGCUGGUGAUCAGCAGCUUCCUAGUAAGAUCUCAGGAUUUGGGCAAGCAGGCUCAAACAUGGGCACUAAGAGGCAAAAUCGUGGAGUUUAACUGGUAUACGGACUUCCUCUAGAAACACAUGACUCAUGCACAUGUGGACAGCCUGCCCCAAGGAAAAAUCAAAAGAGGAGAGAUGCAAAACCCCAGAAGCAUGCCAAUAUAUAAAACCCCAAGUCUAAGGUCAAACAGGGCACUUGGAUUUCUCAAGUUGCCCACUUGGCCCUCUUCUAAGUGUACUUUAUUUCCUUUCAUUCCUGCUCUAAAACUUUUUAAAUUUCACUCCUGCUCAAAAACUUGCCUCAGUCUUUCACUCUGCCUUAUGCCCCUUGGAAGAAUUAUUUCCUUCAAGAAGGCAAAAAUCAAGCUGCUGCAGACCCAUACAGAUUUGCUGCUGCUAACAGGAGGAUAACUUGAGCCCAGAAGGUUAAGGCUGCGGUGAGCCUUGAUUAUGCCACUGCUCUCCAGCCUGGCAACAGAAUGAGACUCUAUUUUUUUUUUCUUUUAAAAAGACUUUUUACAAAAGGCAAAAUGAUAAUGGAACUAAAAAUGUACGUUGACUGACUUAACUCCAACUGCUUCUUCCCUCAAUUGAAUCCACCUUUGCAAAAAUUAUAACAGUGAGAAAACUAUGGCAGUAGGGGUGAUCUGAUCAAGCCAAACCCCAUCUUGCCUUUAGCCUUCAAGCUGCCCAUAAUUAUUCCUGGGCUUAGGCCAAGCUAACUUUUGGAGACACUUGGUCUAUAGUUUAAAUGAUAAUAGUCCUUCCUUAAAAUUCAACCACCUCAGCAAAGCUGAUGAGAGGCCACCAGGCAAGGAGGAUAGAGGAGUCUGAAUUCUGCUAAGGUGUAGAUAUAAACAGUUUCCAGCCAUUAUUCUGGAGGUCACAAAAUAUGCAACUUCUUCAAUUACUCCUGCAGAUAACAUCAGUAUUUUAGAACCUAAGAUUGGCCUUUUGAGAUGUCUUUUCAGGUUUUUUGUGUGUCUGACUACCGAUGGCUCCACCUGGACCCACCAACCACUCCUGUGGCCCCAUCCAGAAGCAACUCAGCAUGCAUAAGGACUAUUUCCCACACCCCUAUGAUUGCACCCCCAACCAAUUAGCAGCAAGCACUUAUUGCCUAAACAGCCCCAUUCAUCCCCCAAACCAUCCAUGAAAAACCCUAGCUUUCAAAUUUCCAGGGAAGCUGAUUUGAGCAAUAAUAAAACACGUCUCCCAUUUAGCCAACUCUACAUGUAUAAAACUCUUUCUCUAUUGCAAUUCCCCUGCCUUGAUAAAUGAUAAAUCAGCUCUAUCUGGGCAGCAGGCAAGAAGAACCCGUUGAGUCCUUACAAUAUCCUUCUUUCUACCCUCCUCUGCCUAAUUACUCUGAAUCUACUAACUUUUUCACUCAGUUAUUUUUCCACUUUGAAGACAAAAAGUUAGAAAAAAAAAAUGCCUUAUGAAAUUAGUCCCUCAGAAUAAACCAGCUGGGCUUUCUUUAGCCACCUGUAUGCUUUAGUCAAAAUCUAAGCUCAGAGGCAAUAGUGAAAGGCUUUCUUAUCCCAAAGGAAAACUCUCAGAAAUUUGCUGAAGCUAUCCACACUGAGUCUAGGUAUAGAACAUGCUUUGCCCUAUUUAUUCAUGGGCACCAUCCUGAACUCAGUAAUCUAGCUUUUUUUUUUUUAAAGGUGGAUUGGGAAGACACAGAUCUAGCUGAAUUAGUUGCCAAAAUAUGCUAUCUGGCAUAAAGAUUAUUUUGAGAGAGUUAUUUUGAGACUCUUUGUAAGAGAAAUUUAUAUCUACAAAGGAAGUCUCCAUUUAUAAGCUUGUCUCUCUGCAUCAGGAAGAAAAGAAGGACUAAAUCACCAGACACUCUUAACCAAUGGAGAAGGAGUUUAAGUAACAAACCUUACCUUUGUUUAAGGUGCUUUUUCUGGCUCUCUGCCGUUAAGAUCUAUAUUUUCCACCCUGUCUCCUCUAGGACCUGAGGGUUAUCUCUUUGAUAUGCAAAUGCCAGGGAGAUUACUCACCAGAAGAAGAAGAAGAAAUAGAGCUGAUUGGAAAUUGAGCAAAUAAAAAAAUCUUGUUUUUUCUCCCAGAAACAGUGAAAAGCUUUAGCCAUCCUGUAGAUAAUCUUAACUUGUUCCAUCUGCCAGAAACACAAUUUGGAUUCAGAAAUUCUUUAUGAACUGUUUUUGUAUUAUUGUACCUGGCACAUGGCUACAGUUUUCAAAUGAAAACUGUGAAAUCUGCUUCUGUCUGUAUUUUAUGUAUGUCUGUGUAUGCAUGUAUGUGUAAUAUUUUUCUACCUCUAGAGACUAUCCUAAAAUUAACUUAUAAAGAGCUGUAUUUAAUUGCCUUAAAGAAAAGCACUUAUACAAAUUACGUAUUUUUUAAACUUUCAGAAAAAUAAGACCUAGCGCAAAUGUUCUUCAAGUUGAUAUUGUUAAAAGAAGAAACUUCAGCCAAAUUAAACUUAAAGGAGUUUAAUUGAGCAAUGAAUGAUUCACAAAUCAGGCAGCCUCCAGAGUUACAGCUGAUUCAUGGAGACUCCAGGGAUGCCUCAUGGUCAGAACAAAUUUACAGACAAAAAAAGGGAAGUGACAUACAGAAAUUAGAAGUGAAGUACAGAAAGAGCUGGACUGGUUACAGGUUGGUGUUUGCCUUAUUUGAACACAGUUUGAACACUCAGCAGUGUCUAAGUGGUUGAAGUAUGGCUACUAGAAUUGGCCAAGACUCGGCUAUUGUUACAGGAACGUACUCCUAAGUUAGGUUUUCAAUCUUGUCUACCUGUUCAGUUAGGUUACAGUUCAUCCACAAGGACUCAAAUAUAGAAGUACGGAGUCCUUCUCAGGCUAUCUUUAGUUCUCUUUAACAGUAUGAUACGGGAUAAUCUUCAGUAAAUAAAAAUUUCUUUAAGUUUGUUGGAUUAACUAAAGCAGGCAUGUCUUCAGAGUUGUCAACAUUAAAUAUAAUACAUACAUAACAGUUUUUUUCUACCAGGGGUUACUAGGCAAAUAAGUUUGUUAUUGUAACUAGAUGUUUAAGAUUAUAAAACUGUCAGUUUAAUCUAAGAGCAAAAGUGAAAAUGUGGUAGCUAUUUUAUUAAGUACAGCGGUAAAGCAAGUAUAUAUUAAGUAUAGCAGUAAAGCAAAAAAAACAAAAAAAACCAAGUAUUUAACUUUUUUUUGGUUUUUUUUUUUGAGACGGAGUCUCUCUCUGUUGCCCAGGCUGGAAUGCAGUGGCGCAAUCUCAGCUCACUGCAACCUCCACCUCCCGUGUUCAAGCGAUUCUCCUGCCUCAGCCUCCUGAGUAGCUGGGAUUACAGGCGUGCACCACCAUGCCCGGCUAAUUUUUGUAUUUUUAGUAGAGAUGGUGUUUCACCAUGUUGGUCAGGCUGGUCUCGAACUCCUGACCUCAUCAUCUGCUCGCCUCGGCCUCCCAAAGUGCUGGGAUUACAGGCAUGAGCCACCAAGCCCGGCCUUAACUUUUUUUUAGGUUCUUGCUUUUGUGAUAUUUGGCUAACAUACAUAUGCUGUAAAAAUAGUUAAUAGGAAAAUAUUAAUAAUGAGAUGUUGACUAGCUUUGUCUGUCUAAUGAAAUUUCAUAAAUAAGUCAAUUACAAUUAAGAACAAUUGAAUUAUAGAAUAGAAUUCAAUUGAAUUCUAUUGAAUACACUUGCUGAAUACAAUAAUUGAAAUGUAAAUAGAAUAGAAAUUAUAAAUGAACUUUUCAAUAGUAAUUAUUUUUUAAUACGGGUACUUAAAAUUGUGUCAACUUCUUAACAAAAGAAAUGGAGGCAAAAUUAGUAUAAACAGUUUAUUUGGGCCAAAUUUGAGAACUGCAAUGUGGGAGACACGUCUUCAAGUUGCUAUGAAUAUAAACUCCAAUUAGCAGCAGUUACAAGCGUUUUUUUUUUUUUUUUAAAGAAGGGGCAGUUCUUUAGUUGCAUACAAACUAUUGAUUGGCUAUACAUUUUUUUUUAACCAUAAAUUCCAGGAGCAUGAACAUAAUGGGUGAGGGUCACAUCCCCUGGGCAUGGAUUUGGGGCAGGGUGUGACAAAAAUCUCAUACUCAUGUCUCUCUGGGCCUGAUAAAUUUUGCAUACUUUAUAUAGUUCAGACUCUUCUGAGCUACGUUUCUUUCUCUUCCUUUUGGUUGAGUUUUUUUUUCUUCUGAAAGUAUUGAUGAUCAACAUUUUAGAUGUAAGUUUGUCCCAUGUCACUGGAAGACUUAGUUUUAGUUAGUCUCAUCCCACAUUGGAGGAAGAGAGGAGAGAUAAAAUGGCUUAAGAAUGCAGUGAAGUCUCAAGGCCAAGCUGACUGGCAACACAAAGGGACAGGGCAAUGGUAUUUCAGGUCAUCUGCUUACAAAGGAGCUAUGGCAUGUUGGAUCAUUUCUAAGCAUCUGGCUAUCAUUAUUUUAGUUUUUUUGUUGAUUUUAGACAUCUAGAAGUGCAAAGUAUAAUCAAUUUGAGAAUAAAAGACAUGAUGCAAAUAAAGACAAUUACUAACAAAAGCCAGAUCUGAAAAAUGUUUUUAUUUCCAAAGGCGACCAAAUAAAUGUUUUCUACUUCUUGUGCUGAUCUAAAGAUCAAUGUACAGGAGAUCUCCAGUGAUGAGUUUGUCCACUCAGGCAGAGCUGCCUUUUUAAAAUAAAAAUUAUGAAUGCAUAAGUCAAUGUAUUUGAAUUUAACUCCACAAGUAUUGGUUAACAAUACAGAUAUGGUCACUUCCAAGGUGUUUGGAGGGAGUUUUGUAUUUAAUGGCAUUCCACAUUGGAGGCCAUGCUAUUUGAUGUCUUCAUCUCCUGGAACCACACUGUAUUGUUUGGACAUAUCUAUCCAGACAGAUGAUGAUAAACUUUGCAUACCUCACAUAGUUCAGACUGCUCUGGGCUACUUUUCUUUCUCAAUAGUUUCUCAUUGUUAACUUAUGCCUGUAGAGUUUUGCUAAAUUAAAUUAGAUAAUGGACAUUUAUUAAAUAUUUAGAUCAUUUCCAAAUAACAUAAAAUGCUGAAACAUUAAUUGCUUAACAUAAGUUAAUCUACUUUUGGUUUUUAUUACAAAGGAACUAAAUAUAUUUACAUCUGUUAAAAAACACUUUAAAUUGUACUAUGAGAAAGAAUAUACUUCUAUAGAAAUUAUAAAAUGGUAUAUUUAUAGAUUUACCAUUUUAUGGAAUACCCCAUAACCGUUCACAAUUUCUUAUUUCCUAGUUUUCACUAGAAAUUGAAGUUACUAAGAGUUAACAAUUUUAACUAAUAUAGAGUUGUUAAAAAGACUAAAAAUAAUAAGGGAGAUAACUAUAUGCAAAGAAAGUAAGACAUGUUUUUGGUAAGGAAAGCCAUAAGGUAUAAGGAUGUGCUUUUUUUUAAGGAAAAGGAAGAAUAAUUUUGUCUAGUUUGGAGGUUAUUUAAAGGUUGUUUCAGAAUGAAUGAAAGAUAAAAUCUAAAUGGAUACAAAAAGGAAGAGAGAUGACACACACACAAAAUGAAUGACUCUUGUAUGGACAAGUUGCCUAGAACUGAAUGUAUUAUAAGGUUUUAAAAAUGAGUCUUGACCAAGCACUGUGGCUCACGCCUGUAAUCCCAGCACUUUGGGAGGCCAAGGCGGGCAGAUCAUGAGGUCAAGAGAUCAAGACCAUGGUGAAACUCCAUCUCUACUAAAAAUACAAAAAUUAGCUGGGCGUGGUGGUGCGCACCUGUAGUCCCAGCUACUAGGGAGGCUGAGGCAGGAGAAUCGCAUGAACCCAGGAGGCAGAGGUUGCAGUGAACUGAGAUCACACCACUGCACUCCAGCCUGGCGACACAGUGAGCCUCCAUCUAAAAAAAAAAAGAGUCUUAAUAUCAAAAGUAAACCGAUGCAAAACUAGAAUUUGGUCUUCUCUGUGAAAAUGACAGUUUUCUUUUUAAAGAGUAUUGCUCCAGUUUUUAAAAGUGAUUGUGAAAAAUUUUCCUUUCCCUUGUAACUAAUCGGCCUACAAAAUGAAGAUUUUGUGUUUUCUCAAAAUAAUUCUUUGUGCUUCGUGUUGCCUUUUUUUGGUCUUUAAUUACUUAAGAAAAUUGAAUCUUCCCAACGAAAGAGCUAGUUUUGUUU